UUUGACAACUUUUUGCCCUUGUUCUACGGGCAAAAACCCGGGGAACCCGGGGCCACCUGAAGUCUAAACCUUAUUUAUAUAACAUGUCGAUGCUGAUGCUGUCUUGAAAUGUGAAAUUUAGACAAUGGUAAUAGGAAUAAUGAAAAGCAAUUUCACCAACAACUUGUUAAUCUCUAGUAAGUGCAAUUAAAAUAAAAAUCACUGUCUGCCACACUGCUUCGAUCCUGGUCAUGCAACCAACGUUCAUGGGUGGUGUUUCAUGGCAGAGCACUGCGGUGCGCUGCGUGUGUCAGAGCAUUGGGUUUCCAUGGCAGUGUCGACAAACUUCACUGUGACGCUAAGCUAUGACAGCAUCCCAGAACGUUAGCAUGCUGCGGUACCAGCACCAGCAGCAUGCUAGCAGUAUUUGAACUCAAACCUUUGUUUUUGGUACGGUUUUUCAGCAACUCUCACUCUGUUCCAAACGCGAUUCAUCAUAAACUAAGAGAUCACAUGCAACGUCAUUGGAGUGAUGCUAUGGUAUGCCGUAGCUACCAGUGCACACAGUGUCUGGAUGGUGAAACAGGGCCAUUGUUAAUCACAUUUGUUUGUUUUGUUUCAGCAGAAACCUGUCUGCACAUGGGAGGAGCGCAACAAAAGCCCAUCAAGUUCAUGCAUGGCAGUGGAUCUCAACAGGAGAAAACCAGAAAGAACAUGGAUGCUUGUAGAUUGCAGUUGUACACUGCUGUUAUCACCUGAUGUGCGUGGCUGGCAUUGCUCCUGGCAAGAACCACCUGCAAGUGAUGAGAUGGUGCCUCAGUCGUUGAGUGUGCUGCAGUGUGAGAGGCGCCCUGAUCUCUACUUUGUGAUGGGUUUCCAUUGGAGGUUCAACUGAGAAGUGAGAACUGACUGUGACCAUGCUUGAGCAUGCCAGUGGAGCUUUACAUGCUUAUGGCAGCUUUUGAACAGAUGCUGACCAUGGCAUGUCCCAUCCAGUUAUCACGUGCACAGAAUGGUGGGGGGAGGGCAACUCUGGGCUCUUGAGUCACCCCUACUGCACAGGGGGUACAGAUGGCCGCUUACUUUGGUGUGUCCUGCACUGCAUUAUCAAGCCCAGUCUGCUGCCACAGGCAAUGGGUCGGGCUGCACUAUAUUAAAGGCAGACUAUCUUGCAAAGGAGGCUGGCAUCCUCUCCCAUAAUGACACACCAAUUGGCAAUCAUCGCUGCGAUGAUCACGAGGGUGUCCGCUUAUCUAACAUGGUGAGGUGGAGAGCCAGCUCAAGCUGGCCUGAGGGAUGGUUUUACUUCAGCUGAGGCCCCCUUUCCCCGCCUGCCAGGUCCGGUCAAACGACCGCUUCACAGUGAACGACUUGCAGCUGUGGAUGCCGUCCCACAGCGCAACGAGCGCGCCGACCAGAGGCGGCGGCCAAGAGGCGGCCGCGCUCUCCCAGUCGACGGUCCCGGUGGACGUCGGCAACGCCCACCGCGCGACCAUCAGAUCGGCUCGCGACCGCGCCGUCGCCGACUGACCGCAUGACUGGUAUCUGUUCUUGAUGUGGGACCGACUGCCACCGCCGGUCGCGGAAGGGCAUCGCUCAUCGGCCAUCGACGUCCACCAGCUUCGCGUGGGUCACUGUUCGGGCUGCCACCAAUAUACCGAAUCGGAUGGAACCCUGUCGGCGAAUGCCGGCGGUGCCCCGACAUCGACUGCGCGGCGGCCAGUGCAUCGCGUGCCGGGAGGAGGCUGGCACCCCCGAUCGGUCAUUGGUCACAAACCGUGUCCCAGCUCAUGACUGCAUCCAGCGCAGCUCUGUGAGAUGUUCUGCUGCAGUCUGCCGCGUGUGUUGAAAGAAGAAUGAACAUGAGAAAACCUCAAAACUUUAUGCCUAUUAGUAUUUGACCAGUAUUAGAAUAAGUUUGGAUUUUGAGAAUUUGUGUCCCUGUGCUUGUGCCUGUGUGGAAAGGCAUGCUUUACGGUGUACCAUCUCAAUUUGUGCGGCUGCUGACAGGCCACCUGGGUGCCAACGUAUGUGCGAAUCCGCGAAUACGUUGUAUUUCGUCAGUCGGUAUCGUUCUGAAAAUAUUGACUGCAAUAGGCUAUAUAGCGUAUGACGGUUCAGCCCAGCAGUAAUAACUGACCAUUGAUUGGGCGAAUUUUGUGUGGUGGUUCGCUAAUACAUAACCUAAAGAGUGUUUUGCCGGAAUCGUUUAGUAGCAGAACUGACCGGAAUAUAAGUAGAAUGCAACGGUUUGAAUCGUUAAUUUGUUGAAACGAUUGUUCUCUGAGACCACUGUGUAACUUUUGACCUGAGAAUCACCAGUUAUAACAACGGUGGAAGCAGUAGGCACUAUAGAGUGUAGGCAACACUAUAUAGUUGGCACACUUACGCAAGCACACAACUUACGCAGUGGACAUCUGCGUCAUGCAUUUUAAGGUUUACUGGGAAGAGUGAGAAAUUAGUCAGAAUAUAACUGACUAAGGAAAAUAGGCGAUAUUUCCAAUUGAGCUGGGGCGGAGAGGGGGAGGGGACGUAUGGUCAGCUAUGCCAAUAAUUCAUUCUCGUUAUGCAGCUGUGUAAAAGGGCGUCCGUUUUUUUGGGGUGAGACCUUCCCCAUUGGCCAUUUCCAAGCUAAAUCGUGGUGGAGAGUCUGGAGACCUCAGCCUCGGUAGUCGGUACCCUGCGCGCUGCGCCACCUUGCGAAACAUAAAGCAGCAGUCCUGACAUCUGCAGGCGCUACUUUUCAUGAAAACGCGGAUGUGUUCGCGCUUAUGCGAAGAAAAUUCUUCCGAGUAUGGUUGAUAAUGAGAUUAAUUGUUGUCAUUUAUUUAUUAAUUCAUUAGCAAAAGUACCCUAAUAAAUCGGUAAAGUAGCUUAAACUGUAUCGUAUUUCCUUGAGAAAAAAGGACGAACUCAUCCUAAGACAUCCAGAUUAUUGGAUGCGUUCGUCAGUUGUAAGUAGUUCAAGUUUUUGGAAAAAUUUGCUUGUGGAAAAUCAUAAUAUUUCAAAGAUAUACCUAUUUUCGAAUGAUUUAUGCAUUUAUCUGCAUUGAAAACUGAUUGUAAAGCAAAAGUGCAAAAGAUUAUUGUCAAUUUAUUUUCUCAAAUCACGAUUUACGAACGCACAAAACUCCAGCUUUUAAUUUAGUGCGUGUGCGAAUUGCGGUCAAGAAAAAAGAAUUUAACUGUCUAUAUUCCUCUUAAAACAAUGAAGGAUGAAUGAGGAAAACGCUGUUUUGAACAAUCGUAUAUUAAUUUUUUCUCAAUUAAGCAAAAGUACAAAAUUUUCAACUAUUAUUACAUUUGCUCUCACAAAACCCAUCACUUUUAAGCAUGACGUCAUGUCAGCCAAAUUUACUAGCGCCAUCUCUGGAGAGCAUCUUUCGAAACCUCCAGACGAUAGAGAGAGCCCAUUUCCGGCGUUUCAUUUUUUGACUUUCUGAAGGGAGCGAGGAUACUGUGAUACCGAGAGUUAUUUCACUCAUUGUUCCUUUUCAAGCCCGAUAAUAUUUUGCUUUCAGACGUUUCCUCCAUCUUGGGGGAAACAUUUGAUCAACGUUUGUCGUUCUGAACAGUAGUCAUGUCCCACUCCAGGGGACCAUCGGACUGCAAGGUGUAUGUGGGGGAUCUAGGAAGCAAUGCAUCUCAGACUGAGUUGGAGGACGCAUUCUCUUAUUAUGGGCCGCUGAAGAACGUAUGGGUGGCGCGAAACCCGCCGGGCUUCGCCUUUGUGGAGUUUGAAGAUCCCAGAGAUGCCAGGGACUCUGUCCGGGGUCUAGAUGGAAGGACGGUCUGUAACCGGCGCAUUACCGUGGAGAUGUCGACCGGACGCACGCGGAACCGCGGCGGCAGCUGGCGGCCCACGGCGGGCACAGGCCGCUACGGGCGCGGCUGGGACCCGGCCGACCGCUGCUAUGACUGUGGCGAGAGCGGACACUACUCCUACGACUGCCGCAACAAGCGGCCCAUUCGCAGAUCCCGCAGCCGUGACCGUCGCUCUCGCUCGCGCACGCCCACCAAGAGGAGCAGGAGGUCUCCGAGCCGCUCCUACUCGCGCAGCCGCUCCCGCGACCGCUCCAGGUCUCGCACCCCGAAGCGCGCUGCCUCUCGCUCGCCGAGGAGGAGCUCGCGCUCUCCGCGCCGGAACGGCAGCUCGCGCUCUCCAACUUCGCGGCGUCGCGACUGAGGUAACGCCAUCAGGAAGACCGUUUUGAGUGAAGCGACGCCCCGCUUGCCGCAUUCCCCGAGAUAAACUGGCCCGGCGCUACAUCCGAUCAGAGGGACAUGGCCCAGUCAUCCAAGAGCCGGUCAUUGGUGUGUGUUCGUAGUUGAUGUUCGCCCAUGGUUUCGGCGAGUUCUGUGCUUCGUUUCUGUAUCCGCCGCGCCGAGCGAGGCUACGGCCGACCGACUACAGCCGACUAUCGUGUAUCAUGUUAUUGGGUUCAUCUUGAAGGCCAUUGUACCUGCACGUUUGUGGCUCUAAAUACACGGCUUAGACACUGCGUGUCUGAAAAAAAUGGUUGUUUUGGAGGGAAUCUUCAGCAAAGUCUGGCAAAGUAUUGAAGGUGCGAUUUAGUAAUGAAGCAGUUCAGAAAUGUGUGCGCUGUGCAUCGAGGUGUACGAGUAUCUGUCCCCAGAAGAUCUCGCUUGAACGUCAGUGAAAGAUGGAUGGUUUGCGAAUAUUAAUCUUUGGCGGAAUGUUCUGCUCCCGAAACAAGAAUUAAAAUCGAUAGGAAAACCCCUUAAUAGCCCCAUGGAGACGACUUCCUGUCUGGGAGGGGGAGGGGCGGGUAUGAAAUAAACCUGUUCGAGCCACC